UUCGAAAUUUCUUUAUUCGAUUUCCAAAAUUAAAUGCUGAUCCACUCAAUACACAAGUGUCUUACUUUAAUUGUAAAAGAAUACAUAUUUCGAAAUUUAAAGUGGUACCAAUCGUAGGAUUGUAAAAGUAUAUUAAUUAGAAACAAAUUUAGAGUUGAACAUGGCGGAUCCGGAUAUGAAUGAAGUCGAUGAUUCUAUGCCAAGUGGAGGAGACGGCACUUUCGACCCGAAUAACCGAUUAGAUUGCGAGCAUUUAGAUCAAAUGACUGAUGAUUGGAUUGAUCGCCAAAGGCCCUCGUUUGUCACAGUCUUAUUUCGAUUCUUUGGCAAUGUCUUUGUUGAUAUAUUUAGGGCGAUAUUCGGCUGAAAAGGAAAAGCAACUCUCCCAUUUAUCCGUAAUUAAUGUUUCAGGAAAGAAGUCAAUUUGUCAAUCAGAAAUACGAAAUAAUAAAUAAUUGUACAAAAUUCAAUAUAGAAUAUUGUUUAUUAAA